UGGGCGGCUGGGAUCAAAAUGUAUGAAAGCCCUGAACGUGUUGUGUGGUGGCCUUAAUCACUGCGGCUCCCCUGGGAGGGGACACGUCACUAGCCCCAUUUCACGGAUGAGGAAGCCGCCGCCGCCAUGGCCCAGACCCUGCAGAUGGAGAUCCCGAACUUCGGCAACAGCAUCCUGGAGUGCCUCAACGAGCAGCGGCUGCAGGGCCUGUACUGUGACGUGUCAGUGGUGGUCAAGGGCCAUGCCUUCAAGGCCCACCGGGCCGUGCUGGCUGCCAGCAGCUCCUACUUCCGGGACCUGUUCAACAGCAGCCGGAGCGCCGUGGUGGAGUUGCCGGCAGCCGUGCAGCCCCAGUCCUUCCAGCAGAUCCUCAGCUUCUGUUACACGGGCCGGCUGAGCAUGAACAUGGGUGACCAGUUCCUGCUCAUGUAUACGGCCGGCUUCCUGCAGAUCCAAGAGAUCAUGGAGAAAGGCACAGAGUUCUUCCUCAAGGUGAGCUCCCCCAGCUGCGACUCCCAGGGCCUGCACGCCGAGGAGGCCCCUUCGUCCGAGCCCCAGAGCCCUGUGGCGCAGACGUCGAGCUGGCCUGCCUGCGGCACCCCGCUGCCCCUUGUUCGCUACACCAGCGACAGCCCCGGCUCCUACCACAACGAGGAGGAUGAGGAGGAGGAUGCGGGCGAGGAGGGCACAGAUGAGCAGUACCGGCAGAUCUGCAACAUGUACACCAUGUACAGCAUGAUGAACGUCGGCCAGACCGCCGAGAAGGUGGAGGCCCUCCCUGAGCAGGUGGCCCCUGAGUCCCGGAAUCGCAUCCGGGUGCGACAAGACCUAGCGUCUCUUCCGGCUGAGCUCAUCAACCAGAUUGGCAACCGCUGCCACCCCAAGCUCUACGACGAGGGUGACCCCUCUGAGAAGCUGGAGCUGGUGACAGGUGGGAACACCCUGGCCAACAGCUGCGGCACCGGCAUUCGCUCUUCCAGUAACAACCCCAGCCGCAAACCGCUGGAUAGUCGCGUCCUCCACGCCGUCAAGUACUACUGCCAGAACUUUGCUCCCAACUUCAAGGAGAGCGAGAUGAACGCCAUCGCGGCCGACAUGUGCACCAACGCCCGCCGCGUUGUGCGUAAGAGCUGGAUCCCCAAGGUCAAGCCACUCAUGGCCGAGGGUGACGCCUACACCACCUUCAUCAGCUACACGGGCAAGAUAGAGCCGGACAUGAUGGGUGUGGAACACGGCUUCGAGACUGCCAGCCAUGACGGCGAGGCUGGCCCCUCAGCCGAGGAGGCCCUCCAGUAACCCCCACCGGACCCUCCCGCGGGGCCGUCACACUCCCCCUCCUGUCACACCCUCCCACCAUCUUGGUCACGAGCUACUGUCUGCCCUUCCCCAGGACCCGCGGGGGGCGCUGCAUGCUCCCGGCCCCUCUGCCUCCCCUGUCCCACCCCCUGACGCCAAUCCGAUCGGGGAUCGGGCUGGGAGAGGAUGGCAGGUGGUGCGAGGUCUGCGUUGCCUUCUCCAGCACACACUCGUGCACAGUCGGAGAGCUCUUGCUCUCCCUCUCCUAACCCCUAGCAGUUGUCUCCCCACUCACCAGGCCAGGGGCAGGGAGGGGCCGGCCUGGGGGGCUUGGGAGGUCCCCUUUCUCAGGCCCUGGGCCACCCAGCGGGAGCAUCCCUCAGCCUCCGCCCCCCACCGCAGCCCCUUGGGACUCGCGGGGGCCUGGGGUUCUCAGGACCCCUCCCACCACCACCUCCCAGUGCUUCCACGUUUCCAAAAGCGCCUUCCUGUCUCCCUCGCCUGUCCCUGCGCCUGGGGGCUGGGGUAGGCGAGGCUGUGAGGACUGCCCGUUUUACAGCUGAGGAAACUGAGGCUCAGAGAAUUUCCAUGACUGACCUAAGGUGGUGGGCGGUGGCAGGCCCAGCGCCCUUCUCUUCCUCCACCCUGUGCUUAGCCAGAGGGGCAGGUCCUGAGUAAGGGGGCCCUUAAGGGCAGACGGAGGGUCUCUGAGGAUAGGAGAGGUUUCCGGGGCUUGCAGAAGCGUGUGGGUGUGCAUGUGUGUGUGUGCGCGUGUGCUUGUGUAGAAGUUUUGCUUUUAAACAGAUGAAGAUAUAAGAGACAGUAGGACCAGGGGUGGAACCCAGGGGAGCAGGCUGGGGGAGGGGGGGCUGCUGCCUUUCCCUCCCUUCCCCACCCCCACCCCGCCCCCAUGGCAGGGCUCCCAGCCCCCACCCCCUGUACAUACUUUUUAAAACAUUUUUUUAGCU